UAAUAAAAUUACCGAGCGACAGUAAUUUAUUACUGACCAAUUUAUCAUAUCAGGUGGCGAUACUUUUCGGUAAGAGUCGGAGAACCAUAUUUUGGUUUCCACAACCGAAAAUAUUUCUCACGUUCAAACAAGAAUUUUGUUUGAGCCAAGUUAAACUUUCUCAGUAUACUGUCUCAUUUGCCUCUUCUCAUUUAAGAAUUGCGAUUUCUUUCAAGGUUUUUUUCGCUUGAGUUGAGUCGAUAAUUCGCGAUUCAAGACGCGUGCGAAUCUGCCUCUCGUUUCACCCUUCCUCCCGCUUGAUCUUUCGCAGAAGCCGGCCUUCUCUUACCUUUCGCCGUCUCUCUUUCUCCUUUCUCGCUGUUUCACUAUUUUGCCAAACACACACACACACACACACAACAUUACAGUAAAUAUAUCGCGUUUCGUGUCGGGGAUCGUAUAUCAACGGUGCUCCGUCGGGUUUCCUCUUCGCACAAAGCGUCGCGUCUUGCCAGGGAGAACUUCGUCAUCAACGUCACCGCUUUAAGAUCGUUGUCGAGGUGCUGCAAUGUCAACGACGUCGAUCGAUUCGUGAUUAACGAUUGAUUAGAUAUACUUGGUGGUCUCACAUGUGGCUACCGGACACCGCUGUGUCGGGUCUCUCGUUACUUGUCGGCGUGCCGCUACAUUCAUCAUUAUCAGAAUUCAUAAUUAAUUCGCGGUACAAUUCCCCCUGCCAUUUUAAGGCGGCUGUACGCACAGUGGAUUUUCUCCUAUAACAGCAUUCCUUCGCGACUAGUGCCGAGAUUGCUACAUGACGCGGCAGUUGUGAGUUUAAAACUGGAUAACGACAACGCGGAUAAGAAGACGUAGAACAUGAAGAACAUGAACGGCGUGAAGAAUUCCAUAGACACCACCGAUCCGAACGAGACGACCACGCUGAGACCCAAGCUGGAGACCUUCGACGAUCUCCUGCCGUACGUCGGCGACUUCGGCAGAUAUCAGUGGCUGCUCCUGCUGGCGUUGUUCCCCUUCAGCGUGGAAUACGCCGUCCUAUACUUCUCCCAGUUCUUCCUCACCCUGGUGCCGCAGGAGCACUGGUGCCAGAUAGACGAGAUGAUCUCAUCGAAUUUCACGCAGGAGGAGAGGGUCGAGCUCGGCAUACCGAAGUCCCAGAAUUAUCCGUAUUACGAUCAGUGCCGUCGGAAGGAUCUGGACUUCCCCGCCGUUCUCGGCCACGAGGGUGAGAUUCGCUCGCUCGAAUGGAAGACAAACAGGACCGUCGACUGCCGCCGAUGGGAGUACAAUUUCACGCAGAUCCCGUACGCCAGUAUAGCCGCUGAGCUAGAUUGGGUAUGCGACCGGGAAUAUCUCAUAUCGACGGCACAGGCGAUCUUCUUCUGCGGCUCCAUCGUCGGCGGCUUCGUCUUCGGCUGGAUCGCCGAUCACAAGGGCCGGAUACCCGCGCUGAUGCUGUGCAACGCCGUCGCGCUCUUGGCCUCCAUCGCUACCGCGAGCGCGCGCACCUUCUGGUCCUUCUCGUUGUGCCGAUUCCUCACCGGCUUGGCUUUCGACAACUGUAUCAACAUACCGCUGAUCAUCGUGGUGGAGUACAUGGCCGUGAAGAGGCGGACCUUGGUCGUCAACGUCGCCUUUGGCAUAUACUUCGCUCUCGGCAGCACGGUUCUACCAUGGGUCGCGUACUACGUCGCGAACUGGCGGCUCUUGGCGUACAUCACCGCGGUGCCGAUGAUGAGCGUCUUCAUCACGCCUUGGAUCCUCCCCGAGAGCGCUCGAUGGUUCGUCGCCAACGGCAGGAUAGACAAAGUGGUGCAGAAGCUGCGGCGAAUAGCGAAGGUAAACAAGAAGAGCCCGGACGCGCGCAUCUACGAGAUCUUCGUGAGAAGGCUCACCGCAUCCGACACUCACACGGAGAGCGCGACCAUCCUCGAUCUCCUGAGAUCGCCCCGGCUGGCGAAGAACGCCAUCCUGCUGAUCUUCAUCUGGUCUUUGACGUUGAUAGCGUUUGACGGCCACGUGUACUCUCUCAAGCUGAUCCCGAGCUCGGUGUUCGUGUCCUUCUCCCUCGCCUGUGCGACCGAGCUGCCGGCCGGGCUGCUGCUGGCGUUGCUGUUGGACCGUUGGGGCCGCCGAUUCUGCGGAUUUAUCACUCUGGCUAUGACUUGCCUCUUCAGCUUCGCUGAGCUGCUGCUGCAGUCGACCGUGGCGAUCCUCACUAUGUCGGUGCUCUCACGAUUCUGCCUGAACAUGGCGGCGAACGUGAGCCUCCAGUACGCCGCCGAGCUACUGCCAACCCCGGUCCGAUCGCAGGGCGUCUCGUUGAUUCACAUCUUCGGCAUAGUCGCUCACUCCCUCGCGCCUUACGUGGUCGACGCGGCCAAGAUCUGGGACGGCAUGCCGAUGAUGAUCAUCGUUGUCGUGUCCUUCGUCGCCGCCACCCUCAUAUUGUUCCUGCCGGAGACGCUCGGCCGCGAACUGCCGCAGACUCUCCGCCAGGGAGAGGACUUCGGCAAGGAUCAGAACUUCUGGACGCUGCCCUGCUGCCAAAAGUCCUACGUGGACCGGCAUCGACAUUAUCAUACACGCGAGCCGUAGUCCUUUUUCAAUCAAAUCACAUUUUAUCCCCCUCCCCCUUCCGCCCCGCUGCAAUCUGCGUGGGGACGCAUAGUGAAGAAUUUCACUGACGCCGCCUCGGCGUGUUUUACGUUACUUUAAUGUAUAACACGAUGUACUCCCCAGCGAGAAAUGAGCCAUCGACGCUAAAUCGACGUUGAAAUAAUCGAGAUUACGUCGAAGCGAAGUCGACCUGACGUCGACUCGGUGUUCAUUCCUCGCUGGGUCAGUGACCAUACUUUUUUUUUAUAUGAACGAAUAAAAUUUAUAUAUAUAGGAAGUUCGGGACAAUCCUUCGACGCAAAUAAUAAUUGUUUUUCUUUCUCUCU